AUGGACAAGUCGGAAUCAGACGCUAGGACGUAUUUCCUGAAGAAUGGAUUUGGGGGAGGAGAAGAGGGAAGGCUGAGAUGGCCUGUGGCUUGGGGUGAUUGUGAUAUGUUUCAACACGUCAAUAAUGUCACUUUUGUCAGAUGGUUCGAAUCUGCCCGUAUACGUUAUUCCGAGUCCCUUGCUACUUCUCUUCCGGACGGUAUGAUGGACAAUAUGUUGCUUGGGAAAGGGAUCGGUUUCAUCCUACGUGAUAUCACCGUUCAUUAUCGUGCCCCAAUCACUUACCCCGACACAAUCUACAUCGCCACACGUCCUCAUGAAGUCGACCUAGAGAAAUCCAGUACCAUGGUUGCCUACGACUAUGACCGUCUCACCAAAGCUCCCAUUCCUACAGCUUUGGCCGACAUUCUUUCAAACGGAUCACAAAAGUCGCUUGUACCAUGA